AUGUCUACCCCACCCCACCCCCAGCCUCAGGCUUUGCAAACGGUCACCCAGACACCCUGCCAAGUCACAGCAGUUCUAAAACCUAGCGAUAUCCGUCCUCCACGAGCUGAUGAGGUACCUGAGGGAUUCUGGGCGAUAACAGUCGGGCAGGAAGUUGGUGUGUUCUACCGCUGGGCUGACGUCGCUGAACGAACAAAUUUCGUCAGUGGUAAUGUUCAGAAAGGGUACCCGUCAUUUCAGCAAGCAUUGACUGCAUACGCGGUCAAAUAUGACGAAGGCAGAGUCCGGGCAGUUCCACUGCCAGGUGGUCCUUUCUGGCCAUCCCCUCCAGAGUCCUCGCCCAACAUUCCUUCACCUGUAGACUCAUCUGCGAGUUCAGACUCGCAUGAUCUGUGGUCGCAGCUUGAGGACUUGACGGAGACAAUGAGCCAACUCUAA